AAAGGGAAGAGAAGAAAGAAAGAAGUUGGGGUCAUGCUGUCAGUGCUACAGAAAACCACCCGGUCAGUUCAGGCUGUCAGAGGAGUGCAUCAAUCUGCUUCCCAGGUCCUGAAGCACCGACCACAAGAGGAAACAGUUACAGCCAGUUUUGGGAGGUUUAUCAAUGAAGUGAAGCCUCAGCAUUUGUCUCCUGUGGUGCUCCAGCGCAGUAAAAGGAUGGUGCUGGACAGCAUAGGGGUCGGUCUCAUUGGGAGCACAACAGAUGUGUUUGAACUGGCCCUGCAGCACUGCCAGCACAUGUAUGCAGCUGACUACAUCAGCUCUGUGUACGGCCGCAGCGGCGUCAGGCUUUCCCCAACACUGGCUGCUUUUGUCAAUGGAGUGGCGACUCACUCCAUGGACUUUGAUGAUACCUGGCAUCCAGCAACUCAUCCAUCAGGAGCCGUCCUUCCUGCUGUGUUAGCUCUCAGUGACAUGAUGCCAGCCAGCAGGAAACCCAGCGGCCUGGACUUCUUACUGGCAUUUAAUGUUGGCAUUGAGAUCCAGGGCCGCCUGAUGAGGUUCUCCAACGAGGCCUGCAAUAUUCCUAAAAGGUUUCAUCCUCCCACUGUUGUUGGUCCUAUGGGAAGUGCAGCAGCCUGUGCUCGCCUCUUGUCUCUGGAUCCCUCUCAGUGCAGUCAUGCUUUGGCUAUAGCUGCUUCUCUGGCUGGAGCCCCGAUGGCCAAUGCUGCCACUCAGUCUAAACCCCUUCACAUUGGUAACGCCUCACGUCUUGGACUUGAAGCUGCCCUCUUGGCCUCUAGAGGCCUAGAGGCCAGUCCUCUGGUCCUGGAUGCUGUUGCAGGCGUGGCGGGCUUUAAUGCUUUUUAUGAAGAUUAUGUGCCACAAUCUUUAGAUACCCCCAAUGAUGGCCAUGCAUUCCUGUUAGAGGAGCAGGACAUGGGCUUCAAGCGCUUUCCUGCUCAUCUAGGGAUGCACUGGGUGGCAGAUGCUGCAGCUUCUGUCCAUAAGCUUCUUGUUGGAGUUGGUCCUGGAAAGUUCUGGUCAGAUCAAGUCCAGGACAUCUUGCUUAGAGUCCCUCGGUCUAAAUACAUCAACAGGCCUUUUCCUGAGUCAGAGCAUGAGGCCCGCCACUCCUUCCAGUUUAAUGCCUGCUCUGCUCUCCUGGAUGGUGAGGUGACCGUGCAAUCCUUCACCCCAUGGGCCAUGAGCCGCCCUGAGCUGCACGCUCUGCUGGACCGCGUUCGGCUGGAGCAUCCCCAUGACAACCCUGCUAACUUCAACCAGAUGUACGGAGAGGUUCAGGUGACACUUGUAGGAGGAGACAUUCUGAAGGGACGCUGUGAUACCUUCUAUGGUCACUGGCGAAACCCGCUGACCAGUGAGAGCCUGAGGAAGAAGUUCAGGAGCAACGCAGAGCUGGUGCUUCCAUCAGAGAAGAUCGAACGACUGAUUGAGGUGGUGGAGAAGCUGGAAAAAUUUGAAGACUGCAACGACCUUCUUUCACAGCUGCAUUAAAGACUUGCAAACAUACACUACAAAAUUGCAGAACCCAGCUAUUUAGAACCAAAGAAAAAAUACACAUAAAGCAUAACUUUCUACUAUUAUUUACAAUAUUGUAUUCUAUUAAAAAAUGUUCUAAUAUGAGAUAGGAAACAUAUUAAAAUAACUUGCUUCAAUCUCAGGCUGUAUUUUAUUAUCACUGAAAAAAAUUUGUCUCAAUGAAAUCAGUAAAAUGUGACUAAAACUAACUGUGAUGAAAAAAGUGGACUGGGUCAAAAGUGGGUGCGUUAUACAGUGUAUCUAUUUAAUAUAU